AUAAACUUGAUAUUAACCACUAUUACAAACAUUACCCUAUCCCUCACAUUAAUUACACUAGCCUUCUGACUACCCCAACUUAAUAUCUACACAGAAAAAGCAAGCCCCUAUGAAUGCGGGUUUGACCCAAUAAGCUCAGCCCGACUUCCUUUCUCUAUAAAAUUUUUUCUUGUAGCAAUCACUUUUCUCCUAUUUGACCUAGAAAUUGCCCUACUCCUCCCACUACCCUGAGCCAUGCAAACAACAAACUUAAUUCUAACCCUAAUUAUAGCCUUCUCGUUCCUAACCAUCCUAGCACUAGGACUAGCCUAUGAGUGAAAACAAAAGGGCCUAGAAUGAACUGAAUAA